AAAAAAAAAAAAGGAUAUUCCAUUUUGAUUCGUAAAGGCAAAGAGUGCAUUUCCAGGGGUUUAUCCAGAACCAGUCCAUUUGACUCUUUACAGUUCCUCUUCACUCUGUACUAACUUCUCCGUUUCUGAGUUUUCUCAGGGAGUGUGCUCAAAGUAGUUAGAGGAUCGUCUGAUUGAGAUGGCUCAAUUACUAUCAUCUUCUUGCUCCUUGACUAUCUGCUCUAGAAAUAAACCUUACUUAAAAUCUUUUAAUCAAUGUUCAAUGCCAUUUUCCAUCACGGUUGCUACCAAUAUUUCCAAACCUACACUUAGAAGGCUUUUCUUGCAAGAACAGAAGCGAAGGAAAGGUUCUGUAGUAGCACAUGCUGCUUCCAUUUCAACUAGCCAGAAAACACCUGUUCAAACUAGCUCUGGUGACCCUUCUAAAGCACAGCGAGUCAUGGUCAUUGGUGGAGAUGGAUACUGUGGUUGGGCAACUGCCCUUCACCUUUCUAACAAGGGUUAUGAGGUUGCCAUCGUUGACAGCCUUGUUCGGCGCCUAUUUGAUCACCAGCUUGGACUGGAUUCUCUAACACCAAUUACCUCAAUCCAGAAUCGCCUUCAAUGUUGGAAAUCUCUCACUGGAAAAAAUAUUGAGCUCUACAUCGGUGACAUAUGUGAUUUUGAGUUCUUAUCUGAAACCUUCAAGUCAUUUGAACCCGAUGCUGUUGUCCACUUUGGGGAACAGCGAUCUGCUCCAUACUCUAUGAUAGAUCGGUCAAGAGCUGUGUAUACCCAGCAAAACAAUGUUAUUGGGACACUGAAUGUGCUCUUUGCCAUAAAAGAGUACAGAGAGCAGUGUCAUCUAGUUAAGCUUGGGACCAUGGGCGAAUACGGGACCCCAAAUAUUGAUAUUGAGGAAGGUUAUAUUACCAUUACUCACAACGGAAGGACAGACACGUUGCCAUAUCCCAAGCAAGCUAGCUCAUUCUAUCAUCUAAGCAAGGUACAUGAUUCACAUAACAUAGCUUUUACUUGCAAAGCUUGGGGGAUUCGAGCUACUGAUCUGAAUCAAGGAGUGGUAUAUGGGGUAAGAACAGAUGAGACAGCAUUGCAUGAAGAGCUGUAUAACAGGUUUGAUUAUGAUGGAAUAUUUGGAACUGCAUUGAAUCGGUUCUGUGUUCAGGCUGCUGUUGGUCAUCCACUUACUGUAUAUGGUAAAGGAGGCCAGACUAGGGGCUUCCUGGACAUAAGAGAUACAGUUCAAUGUGUUGAGCUUGCCAUCGCAAACCCUGCAAAGCCGGGGGAAUUUAGAGUCUUCAACCAAUUCACUGAGCAGUUUUCAGUCAAUCAACUUGCCAGCCUUGUUACAAAAGCUGGUGAGAAGCUUGGCCUUGAUGUGAAAACUAUACAUGUGCCUAACCCGAGAGUUGAGGCAGAAGAACAUUACUACAAUUGCAAGAACACUAAACUAGUUGAUUUGGGAUUGAGACCACACUUUCUUUCAGAUUCUCUCCUUGAUUCACUGCUCAACUUUGCUAUUCAGUACAAAGAUCGUGUUGACACAAAACAAAUUAUGCCUAGUGUGUCUUGGAAAAAAAUUGGUGUCAAAACAAAAACUGUUACAGCCUAAGAAAGAUGGAUAUGGCUGAUGGCAUAACUGUAUGUCCUGGAUGAUGUCUUAGGUUAUGCUUCAUUGCCGUGAAUAAUUAAAUUUUCUGUAUUAUAGAGUUUUUAUGCUAUAAUCCAUCUUUGUGAAACCGUUGUAACCGCCUUAUGUAGAGUACAUUUUUUUGCUUAAGCAUUUCCACAAUAUGAACCUAGGUAAUGCUUUUUUGUUUUAGGUGUUUGAGCAUUUGGAAUUAUAUUGUACGGCCGUAAUAUCAACAACAAUGUAUUUGUCAAAUAGGCAACAUGUGGAUAUGGCAACUAA